GGACUCAUCUGCUUUAAAUCUGGGUUGUAAGCUGACGACAUGGCACCACCAACAGUUGAAGUCGGAGGAAAGGGAACUGACCAAGACAUCAAGGUUGUGUUCCCAACAGCGUCGACCAUAGACCAACCACACAAGACCAACAACAACAAAAAAUACAAGUAUUUUGCUGGUGUUGUUAUUAUUUCUGUUGUUAUCAUAGCAGCUGUGGUUUUGGGUUCUAUCGCCUUACAUCACCAUCUUAAUUCAAAACAAUCGGAAUAUGAAACUGAAGUCGUUUAUAAAGGACAUCAUAUACCAGAGCAUGCUCGUAUUGACUACACCAAUAAAAUAACGUAUGUGAACAAUUCACGAUACCAUGAAGUUGUGGCUGCAAACAAUCUACAUGAGUACAACAGGCAACUACUGGUUUUUAAGGACAUUGAGAAUAAAGUGUGUUACAUAGACAAACUUACGGGUACGUUCGAAGAAGGGGUAUCUCGGUUAUCUUUAAAGAAAGUGUCCGAACCAACUCCAAUAAAACGUGUGACGAGAAGCGACAACCCAGUGGACAAAAGAAUUUUAAGAAAAUUCGCUGGAGAUGCUAUAGCUGAUCAUUGUAAAGGAAUUCCUACAUUUUGGGUUAUUGAUGGUGAACCUUCCUCAAAGGGUGAGGCAAAAGGUGAUCCAAAUAUAAAAUGCAACGCUGCCGACACUAGUGUUGAAUGUAGAGAAAAAAGAAGCCAAGAAGGAAAUGUCUUGAGUUGUCAUACCGAAAGUAUAAUGGUACAGUUUUAGAAAUCUCACAAGGAUUAAAUAAUUAUAGAAUUAUAGUGCUUUAUACAUUAUUUUGAUUCAUAUUCAGAAAAUAAAACUUUUAAUAAAACUAUCAUAAUUAUCA